GUUAGCUCAGCAGGGGCACUCGGGUCUUUUGAAAGUGGUUCGCGUGUCGCGUUCAACGCGUUCUUCAAGGUCUUGUGUGUAUAAGUAUCGUGGCGGCCCGAAAUACAACAUUGAACACAUUUCGAUGGAAUCAACAUCGUCGCCAUAUUUGCCGCCAAAUUCCGAUCCGACACUCUACGACGAUUGGGAGUCACACUUUAAACCAACGAUAUUUCCGUCCAGCACCAACUCCGACGAGUUCGAAGCGCUGCAUCUCGUACAACAGGAGACAAUUGCAAGGAAAAACAAGCAGGGAGAAGUGAUCCAACAUAGAGCGUGGCCUCUAGGAGAAACCUUUCGAAGCGAACUGGAUCAUAUUGAUGAUUCCCCUCUGAAAACGCAGUCAAUCCUCCAGGCAAGCCUCCACUUGACACCCUUUUCGUCCUCGCCGCCCAAUCUCAGGAUGCCUUCCGCGUCAUCACCAGUUGCAUAUCCUCAGAGCUCUUCUCCGCCGGCAGUGAAACGGCCUCGAACAGAUCAGACCUCAGAUCUCAUAAAGCCAAAAACUGUUGGAGGAUUUCUUCUACAAGACGAUUCCGAUGAGGACGAUGAAUACUCCCACGCGGAACCUUCUCCGAAGAGGCGUAUGCUGGACACUGGAAGAUCGCCAAGUCCAGGUCUGCCAAACAACGGUAUUGAUGAGACAUAUGCGGCCGAUAUAGAUGUUAUUGUGGACAAUGGAGGGCCCGUUGGUGGAAUUCUGUUGCACAACGAUACCUCGCUCGAAAUCCAUCUUGACUCGACACGGAGUAACAGUCCAGUGCCUGAACCGCCUCAAAGACUGAAUUCUAAUGCUCUGCCCUCAUUUCUCAGCAAAGGAAGGACGAAAGUCACUGAAAUAUUGACUUGCUCGGGGAAAUCAAUUUCUAUACAACAGCGCAAGAAAGGUGCGGCAGUUCCGUUCGAGCAAAUGGUUGCAGCGAGAUCAACAGUUAAGGCUGGUCGAGCGAAGAAAAGUUACUACGGAGUCGAUAUUCACAGCCUGAUUGACGAAGCGGCCAAAGAAACGAAAUCGAAAUCGAGGGCGCCUGAAGAUAUACUGCCUUCUGUGGAGGACCCAGGCAUGAAAGGGAAAUCGAAAAGAACUCUUAUGUGGAGCGAAAAGUAUCGUGCCAGGACUUUCAUGGAGCUUGUUGGAGAUGAUCGAACACAUAGACAAGUAUUGAAAUGGCUGAAGGCCUGGGAUCCAUUAGUUUUUCCCAAGGCAGGAAAGACAAAAGUCAACGCUCCCAAAAGGCCUGGGCAAGAAGAUGAGGAGAAGCCUCACAAAAAGAUCUUACUUCUGACAGGUCCACCAGGUCUGGGCAAGACUACGCUCGCUCACGUCUGUGCUAGACAGGCGGGUUACGAGGUCAUGGAGAUCAAUGCCAGCGACGAGAGGAGCAAGGAUGUUGUGAAGAAUAGGAUUCGGACUAGUGUUGGUACCGAGAGCGUUAAGACUGGAUCGACGAUAACAUCGAAAUCUGGCCAUGUUCAAAAGAUUGCUCAUCCUUUAUGCGUUGUUGUAGACGAGGUGGAUGGAGUAGUUGGAGGGUCUGGUGGGUCAGGAGAAGGAGGAUUCAUCAAAGCACUGAUCGACCUCAUUCAGCUGGAUCAGAAGAACUCAUCGGGUAGCCAGGCUAGCACAGACUUUGCCAAAAAGAAAAAGAAGGGCGACGAUUUCAAACUGAUGCGACCGGUGAUACUCAUCUGUAAUGAUGUUUAUCAUCCAUCACUACGACCACUUCGCCAGUCCAGCUUUGCCGAGAUCAUUCAUGUACGAAAGCCGCCCCUGGAUGCAGUUGUGGCGCGGAUGAAGUCUGUGUUUGACAAGGAGGGAGUCCCAUGUGAUGGUGAUGGAGUACGAAGACUUUGUGAAGCGACGUGGGGAGUGAGCCCGACCGAGUCCCGCAAGGGCAAAGAGAGUGCGGGAGAAGGAGACCUCAGAGGCAUCAUGGUAGUUGGAGAAUGGGCGGCGAGAAAGCUCAAAGCUUCGAAGAAAGACGGCACAGCCAGAUUAACUCGGAAGUGGGUUGAACAAAACAUGACCAGUGAUCUCUCCCACGGUGGAGGCGGAGCCAGAGGAGUUGGCCGGGGAGGAGCCAAAGACCUUGUCAACAGGAUCUUCUUGGAAGGUGCAGGUUUUCCAAAAACUGCAAAUGCUGACCCGGUACCUGGAAUCUCGGCAGAUCAACCUCAAGCCCAGCUUGGAGUUGCAGAAAUAGCCAAGAGAGCUGGUAUGGACAGAUUGAGAGAGAUGGUGGACACAAGUGGCGAAAUCGACCGCAUUGUCACAGAUAUCUGGUCAAAAUAUCCUAGUCAACCAUUCAACGAUGACUCGAUUCUGUCAAAACCAAACUCAGCAUACGAAUGGCUCCAUUUCCACGACAGCUGCUCCACUCGAGUCUUCACUGCCCAGGAAUUUGAACUAGCGCCAUAUCUCAGUCAGCCAGUUUUGGCCUGUCACCAUUUAUUCUCAUCCCCUGCUCGUCACUACUUCUCCAACGAGAAAAAGAAAUGGGGCGAAGAUGAAGUAGAAGAGGAACCGUUACCGUUUUCUGGGCCCCGAGCAGACUAUGAGGCUCACGAAGCAGAAAAGUCGAAUCGUGCAACAAUACUGGAACUACAAGCCACUCUAGAUGCCACGUUAUUGAGAAGCUUUCGCAGCCCUGAGGACAUUGCCACAGACUUAUUGCCAUAUCUUGUCAGGAUGCUCACGCCAGAAAUCAAGCCAAUUAUAGUGGGUGGAAGUGGAGAUCAAAAAGGCAUCGCCAGCGUCCGAAAGGAGGCUGAGAAAGCAAUGGUCAAGCGAUCAGUAGAUAUCAUGGGUUCUGUUGGUGUCAUAUUUGAACGUGGUAAAUUAGAAGGAGACUUUGGGAAUAGAGCACCCCAAUGGGUGUAUCGUAUGGAGCCGCCGUUGGAUACACUUGUGCUCUUUGAGACAGCUUCAACAAUUGCAGGAGCUUCUCCACCCGUGCGAUACGCAGUUCGCCAAGUUCUUGACCAGGAAUAUCAAAAGAAUAUCAUAGUUCGCGAGAACGCUGCAAGACAAGCCCGUUACAAAGCCGGCAACCCUAAUGAUGAUGUCGAAUUCUCCAUUGCGAGCAAAGAAACCAAGGGACACCAAGCCCUCGAACUCGUCAUAGGAGCGAAGAAGGACUUCUUUGGCAGAGAGAUCAGAGAAGAAAUCAUGCCCUUACAAGAGAUUGAUGGGAAUGCAGAACCAGAAGGGAAAAGGAAGACGAAAAAGGAUGCAAAGGACGAUAAUAAGGUGUGGGUCAGCUUUCAUGAAGGUUUCUCGAAUGCGGUCAGGAAGCCGAUCACGAUUGAAGAGCUGCUACGUGGACUUUAGAGCCCGUGGUUAAUACCGGCCUUGGAAUUGUGGCUAAUGAUCGUAUUGAACGAACUUCACAAGCUUCUAUUGGAUUAGGUGGUGAAUUUGAUCCGAUGUUGAGAUUGUUGAUUUGACAUCGCCUAUUUGCCUGAGCACAAAACGGAACUCAUUAGCGACAUGCUAUGGCGGCUCCAUUUCCAAACCAUAUUGCGUAUGAAUCUUAACGAUUGGAAUCCUUCGUUUGCUUCACUUGAUAGAAAGUCGUUGAACAUUGAAGUUACAUGUUCAUUGCAGGGAAGCCUAACAGGAUUGCGAUUACAGAGGGUUCACAACCUUUUUCUUUGCUCAGCCGCCUUCAGUGUUGCUCUCACGUGUAGAGGAAGCCUCAUCGAUAGGUCGGCCAAAUAUAAACUAUUCACCGAUGA